AGAACCAUGAAAAGAAUAGAUGAUUAUGUGGAGUAUGUUCCAGUGGCGAAGCGGCGAGCAAUGGAAACUCAUAAGAUUCUUCAACGCAAGGUAAAGUCUUUCGGGCUUGAAGAGAAGUCAAAAGAGUUAAAGCUAGCUACUCAAGCAAACCCACAGUCGGAAAUAUCAAAUUUUGUUACUGAAGACAAACCAAGCAGACCUAGUCUCUUUGUUAAAUCAUUAGAGAUGAAGCAUGAGGCACCCCAAAUUACUUCAAUCCAGCAGAUGGUGCAACAAGAGAAAGAGAUUAUUGACAACUUAUCGAAUCGCAAAACACUAAUGUCAGUUGGUGAAUUGGCAAAGGGAAUCACUUAUACCGACCCUAUACCAACAGGUUGGAAGCCCCGAUUGCAUAUAAGAAGGAUGCCAAUGAAGCAAUGUGAUUUGAUUCGAAAGCAGUGGCAUAUCGAAAUUAGUGGUGAAGAUGUUCCACCUCCCAUUAAGAAUUUCAAGGGCAUGAGAUUUCCUGUACCGAUUUUGAAGACUCUAAAAGCCAAGGGUAUUGUCCAGCCAACACCCAUUCAAGUGCAAGGUCUUCCAGUGAUUUUAUCCCGGAGGGAUAUGAUUGGUGUUUCGUCUACCGGCUCAGGAAAGACAUUGGUUUUUGUGUUGCCAUUGAUUAUGGUUGCAUUGCAAGAGGAAAUUAGGAUGCCAAUUGUUCCUGGUGAAGGGCCAUUUGGAUUGAUCAUUUGCCCAUCGAGGGAGCUCGCAAAGCAGAUUUAUGAAGUGGUGGAAGAAUAUCUGGUUCCUAUGAGACAGGCUGGAUAUCCAAAGAUAAGGUCUUUCCUCUGUAUUGGUGGAGUGGAUAUGCGUUCGCAAUUGGACAUUAUGAAGGAAGGUGUUCAUAUAGUUGUUGCUACUCCUGGGAGAUUGAAGGACAUGCUGGCAAAGAAAAAAAUGAAUCUCAAUAAUUGCACAUAUUUAACUUUGGAUGAGGCUGAUAGAUUGAUAGAUUCGGGCUUUGAGGAUGACAUAAGACACAUUUUUGAUCACUUUAAAUCUCAAAGACAAACUCUCUUAUUUUCAGCCACCAUGCCCACAAAGGUUCUCAACUUUGCUAAAAGCGCUUUGGUAAAACCUGCCACCGUGAACGUGGGAAGACCUGGAGCUGCAAAUUUUGCUGUAAUUCAGGAGGUUGAGUAUGUGAAGCAAGAGGCCAAGUUUGUUUACCUUCUUGAAUGUCUACAAAAGACCGCACCACCUGUUAUAAUAUUCUGUGAAAACAAAGCUAAUGUCAAUGACAUUUAUAUAUAUCUUCUAAUAAAAGGAGUGGAUGCAGUGGGCCUUCAUGCGGGGAUGGAUCAGAAAGAGAGAGAGGAUGCCAUUUCUUCCUUCAAGAAAGGGAAGAAAGAUGUCUUGGUGGCCACUGGUGUUGUCUCAAAGGGUUUGGAUUUUUCGGAUAUUCAACAUGUCAUCAAUUUUGACAUGCCAGCACAGAUUGAAGACUAUGUCCACAGGAUUGGACGAACGGCAAGAUGUGGCAAGACUGGAAUAGCAACAACGUUUAUAAACAAAAAUCAAAGUGAGACAAUACUUCUUGAUUUGAAGCACCUCCUGCAAGAGGCAAAACAAAAGAUUCUACCCAUGUUGGCUGAGCUUAAUGAUCCAAUGGAAUUAGAUGCGGAUGCAAUUACAAAUGCGAGCGGGAUUAAGGGCUGCGUUUAUUGUGGCGGGCUUGGUCAUCGUAUCCAUGACUGCCCCAAACUGGAGCAUCAGAAAAGAAUGGCAAUUUCCAGCUCUAGAAGGGAUUAUUUUGGUUCUGGUGGGUACAGAGGGGAAAUAUGA